AUGACAGACAGUUGUUGCCUGACUAGAGAAACAGAGGAGAGGAUACGGCACAGCUCUGUUACAGACCAGACCAGACAGCAGAAGAGCCGGAGCCCAGGGGUCACUCUGACACAUCGACCAGGAGGGUGGGUGGGUGGACGGUGGGUGGACGGAUGCAGACAAGCAGUUUGUAACUGCAGACCUCAUUAACAUGGAGGAUAGACAGACAGACCGACUGAGGGUAGCUGGAGGAUACAUUUUCUAGUCUCUAUUCUAGUCACAUUACUGUUUCCUUACACAGUCUGAAGUAGGGAGUGAGUGUUUGAAUAGGAUUGCAGUGAUUGCUUUUCCUCCCUCAACAGCCCCCAUGAAGCCUCUCUCUCUCUCCAUGCGGCCCAGGGGUGCCAAGCUAGUUGAUCUCAAACGGGUUGUUUAAGCACAAUGAUUAUUACUUCACUUCGCCAUGCUUCUCCUCUUUCCAAGUGACUCACUGUUCAUUCUCUACCAUGUUGUAUUGUUACUGUACAUGCUAAUGUUCAUUUAAUGUGUACAGAGUAUUUUAACACACCCCUCGAUUCCCCAGACACACCCCCAGGAUCAGUAAUCUGUCAUGUCAACACCAAAUGUUAAAUCCACAACGCCAAAGCAUGUAUACAGGAGAGGACACCAGAAUCAUAUUUGAAAUAGGAUUAGGAAGUGUUAUAAAUAAGAGCAGCAGAUCAGGAUUAUAGUUCAUUUCCCUGUGAAAAUGGAAAUACUGUUAUCAUAUUGUACAGUACAGUGAGGGAAAAAAGUAUUUGAUCCCCUGCUGAUUUUGUACGUUUGCCCACUGACAAAGACAUGAUCAGUCUAUAAUUUUAAUGGUAGGUUUAUUUCAACAGUGAGAGACAGAAUAACAACAAAAAAAUCCAGAAAAACGCAUGUCAAAAAUGUUAUACAUUGAUUUGCAUUUUAAUGAGGGAAAUAAGUAUUUGACCCCUCUGCAAAACAUGACUUAGUACUUGGUGGCAAAACCCUUGUUGGCAAUCACAGAGGUCAGACAUUUCUUGUAGUUGGCCACCAGGUUUGCACACAUCUCAGGAGGGAUUUUGUCCCACUCCUCUUUGCAGAUCUUCUCCAAGUCAUUAAGGUUUCGAGGCUGUCAUUAAGGUUUCGAGCAUAAUGUUUCCACCUCCAUGUUUGACGGUGGGGAUGGUGUUCUUGGGGUCAUAGGCAGCAUUCCUCCUCCUCCAAACACGGCGAGUUGAGUUGAUGCCAAAGAUCUCGAUUUUGGUGUCAUCUGACCACAACACUUUCACCCAGUUCUCCUCUGAAUCAUUCAGAUGUUCAUUGGCAAACUUCAGACGGGCCUGUAUAUGUGCGUUCUUGAGCAGGGGGACCUUGCGGGCGCUGCAGGAUUUCAGUCCUUCACGGCGUAGUGUGUUACCAAUUGUUUUCUUGGUGACUAUGAUCCCAGCUGCCUUGAGAUCAUUGACAAGAUCCUCCCGUGUAGUUCUGGGCUGAUUCCUCACCGUUCUUAUGAUCAUUGCAACUCCACGAGGUGAGAUCUUGCACCUUCUCACCAAGCUGCUUGGCGAUGGUCUUGUAGCCCAUUCCAGCCUUGUGUAGGUCUACAAUCUUGUCCCUGACAUCCUUGGAGAGGUCUUUGGUCUUGGCCAUGGUGGAGAGUUUGGAAUCUGAUUGAUUGAUUGCUUCUGCGGACAGGUGUCUUUUAUACAGGUAACAAGCUGAGAUUAGGAGCACUCCCUUUUUGUUGUUAUUCUGUCUCUCACUGUUCAAAUAAACCUACCAUUAUAAUAAUAAUUAUAGACUGAUCAUUUCUUUGUCAGUGGGCAAACGUACAAAAUCAGCAGGGGAUCAAAUACUUUUUUCCCUCACUGUGUGUAAGAUCUGACUGUCGAGAGAGAGAGUGAGAGAGAGAGACUCUCACUCACUCAGGGGUCCAAACAGCAAUAAAACAAUAGUCUACAUCAUGAAUAAAACAGUACAUCAAACUACAAAUUGGGCAUCAUACUUUUUUCUUUUCUUUUUCUUUUUGUCAUUUAGCAGACGCUCUUAUCCAGAGCGACUUACAAUUAGUGAGUGCAUACAUUUUUCAUACUGGCCCCCUGUGGGAAUCGAACCCACAACCCUGGCGUUGCAAGCGCCAUGCUCUACCAACUGAGCUACAGGAGGCAUUGCUCCAUUACUACAAAUGUACAGUAUAAAAUGUGUGUGGAAUAUAUGUGUUAGAGUGUGUGUGUCUCUUCACAGUCCGCUUUGUGCCGUGAGGUGUUGUUUUUUCAAUCUGAUUUUAUUGCUCGCUUAGUUUCUUGAUGUGGAAGAGAGUUCCAUGUAGUCAUGGCUCUAUGUAGUACUGUGCAUUUCCCAGAGUCUGUUCUGGACUUCGGGACUGUGAAGAGGCCCCUGGUGGCAUGUCUUGUGAGGUAUGAAUGGGUGUCUCAGCUGUGUGUUAGCUGUUUGAACAGACAGUUCGGUGCUUUCAACACGUUGAUACCUCUCACAAAGACAAAAAGUGAUGCAGUCAAUCUCUCCUCUACUUUGAGCCAGGAGAGAUAGACAUGCAUGUUAUUGAAAUUAGCCCUCCGUGUACACUGGUUUGAUCUGGGCCAACUGUAAUUUGCCUAUGUCCUUCUUUGUGGCACUUGGCCAUUUAACUGGGCAGUGGUCCAGGUGUGUUAAAACUAAGGCCUGUAGCACUUGUUUUGUUGAUUGUGAUGUCAAGAAAGCAGAGCAGCUCUUUAUCACGGACAGACCUCUCCCCAUCUUAGUUACCGUUGCAUCAGAAUGUUUUGACCAUGUCAGUUUACAGUCUUGGGUUACACCAAGCAGUUUAGUCUCCUCAACAGGUGAGACUAACGACUGACUAAUGAGACGACAGGUGCAACACAUCCUGACCAACGAGGAUGAUUCCAAUCAGUGUGUGUCCACACCUACAGUAAAUAGAACCAACCUUGAAAAUGAAAACCAGAGCCUGUAACAAUGAGGUUUAGGGUUUAGUGAAUAAUUUGUCCCAAAUACUAUGCUUUUAGUUUUUGAUAUGUUUAGGACUAGCUUAUUACUAGCCACCCCAUUCUAAAACUGACUACAGCGCUUUGUUAAGUGUUGCAGUGAUUUCACUUGCUGUGGUAGCUGACGUGUAUAAUGUUGAGUCAUCAGUGUACAUAGACACACAGGCUUUACUCAACGCUAGUGGUAGGUCAUUAGAAAAAAUGAAAAAAAGGCCUCACGAGUGGCUCAGCUGUCUAAGGCACUGCAUCGCAGUGCUUGAGGCGUCACUACAGACCCGGGUUCGAUCCCAGGCUGUGUCACAGCCGGCCGUGACCGGGAGACCCAUGAGGCGGUGCACAAUUGGCCCAGCGUUGUCUGGGUUAGGGGAGGGUUUGGCCGGCUGGGAUUUCCUUGUCUCAUCGCGCUCUAGCGACUCCUUGUGCGGGCCGGGCGCCUGCAAGCUGACUUCGGUGUUUGGUGUGGCUGGCUUCUGGGUUAAGCGAGCAGUUUGUCAAGAAGCAGUGCGGCUUGGCAGGGUCGUGUUUCGGAGGACGCAUGGCUCUUGACCUUCUCCUCUCCCGAGUCCGUAGGGGAGUUGCAGCGAUGGGACAAGACUGUAACUACCAAUUUGGGAGAAAAAGGGGUAAAAGUACAAAAAGUAAGGGGCCAAGACUCUACCUUGUUUACUUUAGAGAGGCUUCCAUUAAAGAACACCCUCUGUGUUCUGUUAGAUAGGUCACUCUCGAUCCACGAUAUGGCAGAGGAUGUGAAGCCAUAAUACACAUUAUUUUCCAGCAGCAGACUAUGAUCGAAAAUGUCAAAAGCUGCACUGAAGUAUAACAUAACUGCUCCCAUGAUCUUCUUAUUUUACAUUUCUUUCAGCCAAUCAUCGGUAAUUUGUGUCAGUGUCGUGCAUGUUGAUUGCCCUUCCCUAUAGACGGGUUAGCUGACAAUGUCAUGAAAAUGAUGUGCACGCUUCAAAGCGGCAGAAGACUGUGUGUUGUUAUGGUUCUGGAUGGCCAGAUACUUAGCAACAGUGACAAGAAACUUCCAUGUGGUGAAUCAUAAGUGGCUUGUUUCAGCUCGUUUGAUCUUGUUCUUGAUACCAUGUCUUGUUUUGAGGUGUUUUGACUGAUGUCGUGUCUAUGCUAAUAUGGCUCAAAUUUGCUUGCUAGCUAGCUAGCUAACCAACAACUGUAAUGAUGUAUUUGAGUGCUCAUUGUGCAACUUUAUUUAUGUUUUCAAAAAACAUUGUUGACAUGUUAUCAACAAUCUGAGCCAACCCUGUCUGUUUUGCCCCAUAGUUGCGCACGCGUCGUUUUUCUGUUGUUGCUAAACAACCAACACAUCUAUAAGCGUGCUGAAAGUCGGUUGUUAAUAAGUUUACUGUGAAAUAGCAUUGUAUCUGGUCAAAAAGUUUACUAAGGGUUGGUAGCAGGCUGAUUGGUCAGCUGUUUGAACCAGUAAAGGGUGCUUUGCUAUUUUUUGGUAGUGGAAUUACUUUUCACUGGGCACAAACGGUCAAUAUCAGGAGAUAUCUUUAUCUAUAUAUUUCCGGAUAUCUGACAUUUUAUUAGAUGUAAGGAAUAGACAUGCUCCAGAUACUCAUGUCCUUACUUUCAUAUACAGAGCUAGGAUAUUGCCAUAAUGGGACAGUUUCUACAUGCAUCCAAUCCGGACCUCAGAAAUCUCCCUGCUACCGUAUGAGUCCAGAGAGAUAUUUGGGGUGAGAUACGUUCAAGACACGCUGUCACGAACGUCUACUAAGUGAGUGGACCAAGGCGCAGCGUGCGAUACGAACAUGACUUUAUUUACUUAAAGUACUCAAUGCAAAACAACAAACAAUGACGAAUCGUGAAGUCCUCAGUUACAAUGACUGAUACGGAACAAAAACCCACAACACUAAGGUGAACACUGACAGUAUAAAUAUGGCUCCCAAUCAGAGAUAACGAGCCGACAGCUGACACUCGUUAGCACUGAUUGGGAGUCACACGACCAAACAAGGAAACACAACCAAAUACAACACAACCAAUACCAAACACAACCAAAUGAACACACCCUGGCUCAAAAUACACAGUCCCGGAGCCAGAGCGUGACAGUACCCCCCCCUAAAGGCGCGGACUCCGACCGCGCCUACACCCCAAAUAGGGGAGGGCUGGGUGGGUGUUGCUCCUCGGAGGCGGCUCCGGCUCCGGGCUUGACCACCACCCUUCUUCAAUCCCCCCGUAGCGCCCCCGGUCCGAUCUGACCCAGCUGGUAGGAUCUGGACUGACGACGCGCACCCCUGGCUUGGCGCGUGAGGCAGGAACGGACCGGACCUGGCUGACGAUACGCACCCUAGGCUUGAUGCGUGGAGCCGGAACGGGCCUCACCAGGCUGACGACUCGCAUCCCUGGCUUGGUGCGAGUAGCAGGAAUGGGCUGGAUCAGGCUGACGGCUCGCACCCUUGGCUUGGUGCGAGUAGCAGGGACGAGCUGAACCAGGCUGACGACUCGCACCCUUGGCUUGGUGCGAGUAGCAGGAACGGGCUGGACCAGGCCGACGACUCGUACCCCUGGCUUGGUGCGAGUAGCAGGAACGGGCUGGACCAAGCUGACGACUCGCACCCUUGGCUUGGUGCGAGUAGCAGGAACGGGCUGGACCAGGCCGACGACGCACACCGUAGGCUUUGUGCGUAGAGCAGGGACAGGCCGGGCUGGGCUGGCGACGCACACCGUAGGCUUUGUGCGUGGAGCAGGAACAGGCCGGGCUGGGCUGGCGACGCACACCGUAGGCUUUGUGCGUGGAGCAGGAACAGGCCGGGCUGGGCUGGCGACGCACACCGUAGGCUUUGUGCGUGGAGCAGGAACAGGCCGGGUCGGGCUGGCGACGCACACCGUAGGCUUUGUGCGUGGAGCAGGGACAGGCCGGGCUGGGCUGGCGACGCACACCGUAGGCUUUGUGCGUGGAGCAGGAACAGGCCGGGCUGGGCUGGCGACGCACACCGCAGGCUUAGUGCGUGGAACAGGAACCGGCCGGGCUGGACUGGCGACGCACACCGUAAACCUAGUGCGUGGAGCAGGAACCGGCCGGACAGGGCUGGCGACGCACACCGCAGGCUUAGUGCGUGGAACAGGAACCGGCCGGGCUGGACUGGCGACGCACACCGUGGGCUUGGUGCGUGGAGUAGGAACAGGCCGGUCCGUACUGGGAACACACACCACUGGCCUUAACCGGGGAUCAGGAACGGGCCGGACCGGACUGGUAACACACCUCAGUCUCUCACGCCGUGCCUCAACUACUUCCCUCCCUCUACUCGCCAAUGGCUCCCGUAAUCCGGUAGCCUUCUCUCCACGUCUCCCUGUGGCAGCCUCCUGCUGCCCAGCCGCCCAAGCCAUGUGCCCCCCCAAAAAAACUUUUUGGGGUUGCCUCUCGUCCUUCCGACGAUGGCCCUGCUGACGCCGUUGCUCCUCUCUCAGUCGCCUCUCCACUGUUUUACUCCAUGGCCGGCGAUCCAUCCCAUCCAGGAUUUCCUCCCAAGUCCAAGACCCUUUACCAUCCAAAAUCUCCUCCCAUGUCCAGACCCUUGGCUCCUGGACACGCUGCUUGGUCCUGGUACGGUGGGUUUUUCUGUCACGAACGUCUACUAAGUGAGUGGACCAAGGCGCAGCGUGCGAUACGAACAUGACUUUAUUUACUUAAAGUACUCAAUGCAAAACAACAAACAAUGACGAAUCGUGAAGUCCUCAGUUACAAUGACUGAUACGGAACAAAAACCCACAACACUAAGGUGAACACUGACCGUAUAAAUAUGGCCCCAUCAGAAUACAGCCACAGCUGAUCGUUACACGAUGGAGUCCACGCACACCAGGAAAACAACCUACAAAACAACCCAAACACAACAAAUGAAACACCGGUAUUCGGCACAGCGGAACACGCACCUGAUGCAUGUGCACCCGCUUACAUAUUUUCAGAAAUGUAUCAUAUCUGUAGUCAUUACCUGAUCAUUUAUGUAUCCGUAAAAAAAAAGAAGGUUAAUUUCAAUAGAUAUCCUUACAUGAUGUGUAAUAUUCAUCCUUGCAUGUCUGAUCGAAAAUGGUCUAAAUCCGACUCAUUAAAUGUCCAGUGACCAAAUGAUUUUACCUGUUCAGGUGUCGAAAAUCAUUGUGCUUCUUCACAUGUGAAGGUGACAUAUCUGAGCAUACAUUUGCACCAUAUUCAGUAGUAGGCUAUACAAGGCACAGAAAGGUGAACAUCGUCAUAUUUAAUCCAAGUUGCUAUUUCCAAAGCACAUCUCUGCUAUUUCCGUUUAAAAAAUGCAGCAUAGCAAAUCCAGAGCUCCAAUCACAACACCUGUUUUCUGUGAAAUUGUAAAUGUAUGCCAAUCUUUGCUAAAAAUGUAUUUAGUGGCCCUCAUGGGUGGAAUGGUAUUCAUAUUUAUCAUAAUUUCAUAAUUAAUAAACCAUUCUCUUUUAAAUACUCUGGUGUUUCUAUGUCAAACGGUUUUGUUAUAUUUCAGUCUUCUUUGAUGUACAGUACCAGUCAAAAGUUUGGACACCUACUCAUUGAAGGGUUUUUCUUUAUUUUUACUAUUUUCUACAUUGUAGAAUAAUAGUGAAGACAUCAAAACUAUGAAAUAACACAUAUGGAAUCAUGUAGAAACCAAAAAAGUAUGAAACAAAUAUGUUAUAUUUUACAUUCUUCAAAGUAGCCACCCUUUGCCUUGGUGACAGCUUUGCACGCUCUUGGCAUUCUCUCAACCAGGUUCACCUGGAAUGCUUUUCCAACAGUCUUGAAGGAGUUCCCACAUAUGCUGAGCACUUGCUGGCUGCUUUUCCUUCACUCUGCGGUCCAACUCAUCCCAAACCAUCUCAAUUGGGUUGAGGUAGGGUGAUUGUGGAGGUCAGGUCAUCUGAUGCAGCACUCCAUCACUCUCCUUGGUCAAAUGGCCCUUACACAGCCUGUAGGUGUGUUUUGGGUCAUUGUCCUGUUGAAAAACAAAUUAUAGUCCCACUAAGCGCAAACCAGAUGGGGUGGCUUAUCGCUGCAGAAUGCUGUGGUAGCCAUGCUGGUUAAGUGUGCCUUGACUUCUAAAUAAAUCACAGACAGUGUCACCAGCAAAGCACCAUCACACCUCCUCGUCCAUGCUUCAUGGUGGGAACCAGACAUGCGGAGAUCAUCCGUUCACCUACUCUGCGUCUCACAAAGACACAGCAGUUGGAACCAAAAAUCUCAAAUUUUGGACUCAUCAGACCAAAGGACAGAUUUCCACCGGUCUAAUGUCCAUUGCUGGUGUUUCUUGGCCCAAGCAAGUAUCUUCUUCUUAUUGGUGUCCUUUAGUAGUGGUUUCUUUGCAGCAAUUCGACCAUGAAGGCCUGAUUCACGCAGUCUCCUCUGAACAGUUGAUGUUGAGAUGUGUCUGUUACUUGAACUCUAUGAAGCAUUUAUUUGGGCUGCAAUUUCUGAGGCUGGUAACUCUAAGGAACUUAUCCUCUGCAGCAGAGGUAAAUCUGGGUCUUCCUUUCCUGUGGCGGUCCUCAUGAGAGCCAGUUUCAUCAUAGCGCUUGAUGGUUUUUGCGACUGCACUUGAAGAAACUUUCAAAGUUCUUGAAAUGUUCCGCAUUAACUGACCUUCAUGUCUUGAAGUAAUGCUGGACUUUCAUUUCUCUUUGCUUAUUUGAGUAGUUCUUGCCAUAAUAUGGACUUGGUCUUUUACCAAAUAGGGCUAUCUUCCGUAUACCACUCCUACCUUGUCACAACACAACUGAUUGGCUCAAACGCAUUAAGAAGAAAGAAGUUCCACAAAUUAACUUUUAAGAUGGCACACAUGUUAAUUGAAAUGCAUUCCAGGUGACUACCUCAUGAAGCUGGUUGAGAGAAUGCCAAGAAUGUGCAAAGCUGUCAUCAAGGCAAAGGGAGGCUACUUUGAAGAAUCUAAAAUCUAAAAUAUAUUUUGAUUUGUUUAAUACUUUUUUGGUUACUACAUGAUUCUAUAUGUGUUAUUUCUUAGUUGUGAUUUCUUCACUAUUAUUCUAGAAAGAAGGAAAUAGUAAAAAUAAAGAAAAACUCUUGAAUGAGUAGGUGUGUCCAAACGUUUGACUGGUACUGUGUAUAAAGUGUAGUAUUGGGAUACAAACUCAAAAUGGAAUACAUUUCAUCUCUCUUUGUAAGACCAUAACCACGUGUGUGAGGUGUAUACUUUUGUUUCCAAGUAGAUUUGUUUAAGACCACCCACCAAGAAACACAGUGAGACCCUGAUUUAUCCCACUGCAGUAAAAGGUUAACAGAAAAUAAAAGUUGCACACCCUCAACACCCCUGCCUGCCCUGUUUGUUAUGGACGAUGGAUGCAAUGGGUGCAGUUUUGUCAUCAGCGGCGGUCCCUCGCAGUCCAGACCCAAAGUGGUGGUAGUGUUGGUCUGUGAUCGACUCCAAACUGUCAAUGCAUAAAUCAUGAAUCAAAACUGUGUCGAUAUUGCAAGAAAAUAGUCAUUUCACGUAACCAUACCACAACGUAGCUGCUCUACCUGCUUCAUUCAUGACAAUAACUAACUGGAACAAGCUAGCUGGCCAAGUUGCUAGCUAGCUAAGUUAGUUAGCUAGCUAGCUUAUAUUAACCUAUAAAACAACAUUUGCCUAAAAGUUUUAAACCGUUAGCUGUCACCUUGAGGCUUGAAAGGGGGUAAAAAUUAAGGGAAGGCAAUUUUGUUAGUUGUUAGCUAGCUAGGCUAUCAGGUGGCUUUUACCCCCCUAUCAAGCAGCUAGCCCUACUGGCUGCUGGCCAAAUUAGCUAACGUUCUUCAUUGUAGUUACUAAGAUUCAAAUCAAUCAAAUCAAUCAAAUUGUAUUGGUCACAUGCGCCGAAUACAACAGGUGCAGACAUUACAGUGAAAUGCUUACUUACAGCCCUUAACCAACAGUGCAUUUAUAAAAAUAAAAAAAAGUAAGAAUAAAACAACAACAAAAAAAGUGUUGAGAAAAAAAAGAGCAGAAGUAAAAUAAAGUGACAGUAGGGAGGCUAUAUAUACAGGGGGGUACCGUUGCAGAGUCAAUGUGCGGGGGCACCGGCUAGUUGAGGUAGUUGAGGUAAUAUGUACAUGUGGGUAGAGUUAAAGUGACUAUGCAUAAAUACUUAACAGAGUAGCAGCAGCGUAAAAAGGAUGGGGUGGGGGGGCAGUGCAAAUAGUCCGGGUAGCCAUGAUUAGCUGUUCAGGAGUCUUAUGGCUUGGGGGUAGAAGCUGUUGAGAAGUCUUUUGGACCUAGACUUGGCACUCCAGUACCGCUUGCCGUGCGAUAGCAGAGAGAACAGUCUAUGACUAGGGUGGCUGGAGUCUUUGACAAUUUUGAGGGCCUUCCUCUGACACCGCCUGGUAUAGAGGUCCUGGAUGGCAGGAAGCUUUGCCCCAGUGAUGUACUGGGCCGUAAAAAAAACAUCUCAAAUUAGCUACUCACUUUAGUGUUAACUUCUUUGAGGUAUUUUCUAAAUGGUUUCUCACUUCUUUGUUCUCCAAUUGUCAGUUCGACCAUACACCGUUUACACACUCAUUUGUGGCGCGGCGCCUAUAUUCAACAGUUGGAACUCCACAGCAGAAAAUAUGUGAUGGUUGUUGCUAGGCUUCUUCUUCUUCGGUGAGGUUUAACGGCAGUUGACAUCCAAUUUAUAUUGUGUUACCGCCAUCAACUAGACUGGGGUAUAAAUCCAUUAUACACUGAACAAAAAUAUGAACACAAUAUGUAAAUUGUUGUUUCAUGAGCUGAAAUAAAAUAUCCCAGAAAUGUUAUACAGUGGCUUGCGAAAGUAUUCACCCCCGUUGGCAUUUUUCCCAUUUUGUUGCCUUACAACCUGGAAUUAAAAUGGAUUUUGGGGGGGUUUGUAUCAUUUGAUUUACACAACAUGCCUACCACUUUGAAGAUACAAAAUAUGUUUUAUUGUGACACAUACAAGAAAUAAGACAAAAAAAACUGAACUUGAGCGUGCAUAACUAUUCACCCCCUCCAAAGUCAAUACUUUGUAGAUCCACCUUUUGCAGCAAUUACAGCUGCAAGUCUCUUGGGGUAUGUCUCUAUAAGCUUGGCACAUUUAGCCACUGGGAUUUUUGCCCAUUCUUCAAGGCAAAACUGCUCCAGCUCCUUCAAGUUGGAUGGGUUCCGCUGGUGUACAGCAAUCUUUAAGUCAUACCACAGAUUCUCAAUUGGAUUGAAGUCUGGGCUUUGACUAGGCCAUUCCAAGACAUUUAAAUGUUUCCCCUUAAACCACUCAAGUGUUGCUUUAGCAGUAUGCAUUGUCCUGCUGGAAGGUGAACCUCCGUCCCAGUCUCAAAUCUCUGGAAGACUGAAACAGGUUUCCCUUAAUAAAUUCCCUGUAUUUAGCGCCAUCCAUCAUUCCUUCAAUUCUGACCAGUUUCCCAGUCCCUGCCGAUGAAAAACAUCUCCACAGCAUGAUGCUGCCACCACCAUGCGCCAGACAUAGCAUUUUCCUUGAUGGCCAAAAAGCUCAAUUUUAGUCUCAUCUGACCAGAGUACCAUCUUCCAUAUGUUUGGGGAGUCUCCCACAUGGCUUUUGGUGAACACCAAACGUGUUUGCUUAUUUUUUUCUUUAAGCAAUGGAUUUUUUCUGGCCACUCUUCCGUAAAGCCCAGCUCUGUGGAGUGUACAGCUUAAAGUGGUCCUAUGGACAGAUAAUCCAACCUCCGCUGUGGAGCUUUGCAGCUCCUUCAUGGUUAUCUUUGGUCUCUUUGUUGCCUCUCUGAUUAAUGCCCUCCUUGCCUGGUCCGUGAGUUUUGGUGGGCGGCCCUCUCUUGGCAGGUUUGUUGUGGUGCCAUAUUCUUUAAAUAUUUUAAUAAUGGAUUUAAUGGUGCUCCGUGGGAUGUUCAAAGUUUCUGAUAUUUUUUUGUAACCCAACCCUGAUCUGUACUUCUCAACAACUUUGUCCCUGACCUGUUUGGAGAGCUCCUUGGUCUUCAUGGUGCCGCUUGCUUGGUGGUGCCCCUUGCUUAGUGGUGUUGCAGACUCUGGGGCCUUUCAGAACAGGUGUAUAUAUAUACUGAGAUCAUGUGACAGAUCAUGUGACACUUAGAUUGCACACAGGUGGACUUUAUUGAACUAAUUAUGUGACUUCUGAAGGUAAUUGGUUGCACCAGAUCUUAUUUAGGGGCUUCAUAGCAAAGGGGAUGAAUACAUAUGCAUGCACAACUUUUCCGUUAUUUAGAAUUUUUUGAAACUAUUUUUAUUUUAUUUUUUCACUUCACCAAUUUGGACUAUUUUGUGUAUGUCCAUUACAUGAAAUCCAAAUAAAAAAAAAGUACAGGUUGUAAUGCAACAAAUAGGAAAAACGUGAAAGGGGAUGAAUACUUUUGCAAGGCACUGUAUAUGCACAAAAAGCUUAUUUCUCAAAAAUGUUGUUUACAUCCCUGUUAGUGAGGAUUUCUCCUUUGCAAAGGUAAUCCAUCCACCUGACAGGUGUGGCAUAUCAAUAAUCUGACUAAACAGCAUUAUCAUUACACAGGUUGUUCUUUAAAAGUGCUUUCCUCUCCAUCUUAAAUAAGCAUGCCCCAUUAACAAAAUUCAGAACUAAGAACAGAUAUAGCCCCUGGUUCACCCCAGACUUGACUGCCCUUAACCAGCACAAAAACAUCCUGUGGCGUACUGCAUUAGCAUCGAACAGUCCCCGCGAUAUGCAACUUUUCAGGGAAGUCAGGAACAAAUAUACACAAUCAGUUAGGAAAGCAAAGGCUAGCUUUUUCAAACAGAAAUUUGCAUCCUGUAGCACUAACUCCAAAACGUUUUGGGACACUGUAAAGUCCAUGGAGAAUAAGAGCAUCUCCUCCCAGCUGCCCACUGCUAGGAAACACUGUCACCACCGAUAAAUCUACGAUAAUCGAGAAUCUCAAUAAGCAUUUUGCUACGGCUGGCCAUACUUUCCACCUGGCUACCCCUAACCCGGCCACCAGCUCUGCACCCUCCGCUGCAACUUUCCCAUGCCCCCCCGCUUCUCCUUCACCCAAAUUCAGAUAGCUGAUGUUCUGAAAGAGCUGCAAAAUCCUACAAAUCAGCUGGGCUAGACAAUCUAGACCCUUUCUUUCUAAAAUUAGCCGCCGAAAUUGUAGCAACCCCUGUUACUAGCCUGUUCCACCUCUCCUUUGUAUCAUCUGAGAUCCCCAGAAAUUGGAAAGCUGCCGCGGUCAUCCCCCUCUUCAAAGGGGGUGACACUCUAGAUCCAAACUGUUACAGACCUAUAUACAUCCUGCCCUGCCUUUCAAAAGUAUUUGAAAGCCAAGUUAACAAACAGAUCACCGACCAUUUCGAAUCCCACCGUACCUUCUCCGCUAUGCAAUCUGGUUUCCGAGCUGGUCAUGGGUGCACCUCAGCCACGCUCAAGGUCCUAAACGAUAUUAUAACCACUAUCGAUAAAAGACAGUACUGUGCAGCCGUUUUCAUCAACCUGGCCAAGGCUUUCGACUCUGUCAACCACCGCAUUCUUAUUGGCAGACUAAAUAGCCUUGGUUUCUCAAAUGACAGCCUCGCCUGGUUCACCAACUACUUCUCAGAGUUCAAUGUGUCAAAUUGGAAGGCCUGUUGUCCAGACCUCUGGCAGUCUCUAUGAGGGUGCCACAGGGUUCAAUUCUCGGGUCGACUCUAUUCUCUGUGUAUAUCAAUGAUGUCGCUCUUGCUGCUGGUGACUCUAAGAUCCACCUCUACGCAGACGACACCAUUUUGUAUACAUCUGGCCCUUCAUUGGACACUGUGUUAACAAACCUCCAAAUGAGCUUCAAUGACAUACAACACUCCUUCCGUAGUCUCCAACUGCUCUUAAACGCUAGUAAAACUAAAUGCAUGCUCUUCAAUCGAACGCUGCUUGCACCCGCCCACCCGCCUGACUAGAAUCACUACUCUCGGCGGGUCUGACUUAGAAUAUGUGGACAACUACAAAUACCUAGGUGUCUGGUUAGACUGUAAACUCUCCUUCCAGACUCACAUUAAGCAUCUCCAAUCCAAAGUUAGAUCUAGAAUCGGCUUCCUAUUUCGCAACAAAGCCUCCUUCACUCAUGCUGUCAAACAUGCCUCCAACACUCUACUCAGCAAUUGGAUGUAGUCUAUCACAGUGCCAUCCGUUUUGUCACCAAAGCCCCAUAUACUACCCACCAUUGUGACCUGUACGCUCUUGUUGGCUGGCCCUCACUACAUAUUCGUCGCCGAUCCCACUGGCUCCAGGUCAUCUAUAAAUCUCUGCUAGGCAAAUCCCCGCCUGAUCUUAGCUCAUUGGUCACCAUAGCAACACCCACCCGUAGUACGCACUCCAGCAGGUAUAUCUCACUGGUCAUCCUCAAAGCCAACACCUCCUUUGGCCGCCAUUCCUUCCAGUUCUCUGCUGCUAAUGACUGGAACGAACUGCAAAAAUCUCUGAUACUGGAGACUCUUAUCUCCCUCACUAACUUUAAGCAUCAGUUGUCAGAGCAGCUUACCGAUCACUGCACCUGUACAUAGCCCAUCUGUAAUUAGUCCCACCCAACUACCUCAUCCCCAUAUUGUUAUUUAUUUUUGCUCAUUUGCACCCCAGUAUCUCUAUUUGCACAUCAUCUUCUGCACAUCUAUCACUCCAGUGUUAAUACUAAAUUGUAAUUAUUUUGCACUAUGGCCUAUUUAUUGCCUUACCUCCAUAACUUACUACAUUUGCACACACUGUCUAUAGAUUUUCUAUUGUGUUAUUGACUGUAUGUUUGUUUAUCCCAUAUGUAACUCUGUGUUGUUGUUGUUUUUAUCGCACUGCUUUGCUUUAUCUUGGCCAGGUCGCAGUUGUAAAUGAGAUCUUGUUAUCAUCUGGCCUUCCUGGUUAAAUAAAGGUGAAAAAACAAACAAACUGGUGCACCUUGUGCUGGGGACAAUAAAUGUGCAGUUUUUUCACACAACAUAAUGCCACAGAUGUCUCAAGUUUCGAGGGAGUGUGCAAUUGGCAUGCUGACUGCAGGAAUGUCCACCAGAGCUGUUGCCAGAGAAUUGAAAGUUAAUUUCUCUACCAUAAGUCACCUCCAACGUCGUUUUAGAGGAUUUGACAGUAUGUCCAACCGGCCUCACAACCGCAGACCACAUGUAUGGCGUUGUGUGGGCAUGCGGUUUGCUGUGAACAGAGUGCCCUGUGUGGUUGUGGUAUGGGCAGGCAUAAGCUACGGACAACAAACACAAUUGCAUUUUAUCAAUGGCAAUUUGAAUGCAGAGAGACACUGUGACGAGUUCCUGGGGCCCAUUCGGAAAGUGUUCAAACCCCUUGUGUUUUCCACAUUUUGUUACGUUACAGCCUGAUUCUAAAAUGCAUUACAUAAAACAUUAUCCACAUCAAUCUACACACAAUGCCCCAUAAUGACCAAGCAAAAACAGGUUUUUAGAAAAUGUAUUACAAAUAAAUAAACAGAAAUAACUUAUUUACAUAAGUAUUCAGACCCUUUGCUAUGAGACUCGAAAUUGAGCUCCAGUGCAUCCUGUUUCCAUUGAUCAUCCUUGAGAUGUUUCUACAACUUGAUUGGAGUCCACCUGUGGUAAAUUCAAUUGAUUGGACAUGAUUUGGAAAGGCACACACCUGUCUAUAUAAGGUUUCACAGUUGACAGAGCAUGUCAAAGCAAAAACCAAGCCAUGAGGUCGAAGGAAUUGUCCGUAGAGCUCCGAGACAGGAUUGUGUCAAGGCACAGAUCUGGGGAAGGGUACCAAAACAUUUCUUCAGCAUUGAAGGUCCCCAAGAACACAGUGGCCUCCAUCAUUCUUAAAUGGAAGAAGUUUGGAACCACCAAGACUCUUCCUAGAGCUGGCCGCCCAGCCAAAUUGAGCAAUUGGGCCUUGGUCAGGGAGGUGACCAAGAACCCGAUGGUCACUCUGACAGAGCUCCAGAGUUCCUCUGUUGAGAUGGGAGAACCUUCCAGAAGGACAACCAUCUCUGCAGCACUCCACCAAUCAGGUCUUUAUGGUAGUGGCCAGACGGAAGCCACUCCUCAGUAAAAGGCACAUGACAGCCCGCUUGGAGUUUGCCAAAAGGCACCUAAAGAUGAAUGGAGCAAAGUACAAAGAGAUCCUUGAUGAAAACCUGCUCCAAAGCUCUCAGGACCUCAGACUGGGGUGAAGGUUCACCUUCCAACAGUACAACGACCCUAAGCACACAGCCAAGACAACGCAGGAGUGGCUUCGGGACAAUUUUUUUAAUGUCAUUGAGUGGCCCAGCCAGAGGCCGGACUUGAACCCGAUCGAACGUCUCUGGAGAGACCUGAAAAUAGCUGUGCAGUGACGCUCCCCAGCCACCCUGACAGCGCUUGAGAGGAUCUGCAGCGAACAAUGGGAGAAACUCCCCAAAUACAGUUGUGCAAAGCUUGUAGUGUCAUACCCAAGAAGACUCGAGGCUGUAAUUGUUGCCAAAGGUGCUUCAACAAAGUACUGAGUAAAGGGUAUGAAUACUUAUGUAAAUGUCAUAUUUCCGUUUUUUAUUUUUUAUAAAUUAGCAAAAAUGUCUAAAACCUGUUUUUGCUUUGUCAUUAUGGUGUAUUGUGUGUAGAUCGAUGAGGGAAAAAAACAAUGUAAUCCAUUGUUACAUAAGGGGUCUGAAUACUUUCCGAAUGCACUGUAUCUGUGACCAACAGAUGCAUACAGUGGGGGAAAAAAGUAUUUAGUCAGCCACCAAUUGUGCAAGUUCUCCCACUUAAAAAGAUGAGAGAGGCCUGUAAUUUUCAUCAUAGGUACACGUCAACUAUGACAGACAAAAUUAGAAAAAAAUCCAGAAAAUCACAUUGUAGGAUUUUUUAUGAAUUUUUUUGCAAAUUAUGGUGGAAAAUAAGUAUUUGGUCAAUAACAAAAGUUUCUCAAUACUUUGUUAUAUACCCUUUGUUGGCAAUGACACAGGUCAAACGUUUUCUGUAAGUCUUCACAAGGUUUUCACACACUGUUGCUGGUAUUUUGGCCCAUUCCUCCAUGCAGAUCUCUUCUAGAGCAGUGAUGUUUUGGGGCUGUCGCUGGGCAACACAGACUUUCAACUCCCUCCAAAGACUUUCUAUGGGUUGAGAUCUGGAGACUGGCUAGGCCACUCCAGGACCUUGAAAUGCUUCUUACGAAGCCACUCCUUCGUUGCCCAGGCGGUGUGUUUGGGAUCAUUGUCAUGCUGAAAGACCCAGCCACGUUUCAUCUUCAAUGCCCUUGCUGAUGGAAGGAGGUUUUCACUCAAAAUCUCACGAUACAUGGCCCCAUUCAUUCUUUCCUUUACACGGAUCAGUCGUCCUGGUCCCUUUGCAGAAAAACAGCCCCAAAGCAUGAUGUUUCCACCCCCAUGCUUCACAGUAGGUAUGGUGUUCUUUGGAUGCAACUCAGCAUUCUUUGUCCUCCAAACACGACGAGUUGAGUUUUUACCAAAAAGUUAUAUUUUGGUUUCAUCUGACCAUAUGACAUUCUCCCAAUCCUCUUCUGGAUCAUCCAAAUGCACUCUAGCAAACUUCAGACGGGCCUGGACAUGUACUGGCUUAAGCAGGGGGACACGUCUGGCACUGCAGGAUUUGAGUCCCUGGCGGCGUAGUGUGUUACUGAUGGUAGGCUUUGUUACUUUGGUCCCAAUUCUCUGCAGGUCAUUCACUAGGUCCCCCCGUGUGGUUCUGGGAUUUUUGCUCACCGAUAUUGUGAUCAAUUUGACCCCACGGGGUGAGAUCUUGCGUGGAGCCCCAGAUCGAGGGAGAUUAUCAGUGGUCUUGUAUGUCUUCCAUUUCCUAAUAAUUGCUCCCACAGUUGAUUUCUUCAAACCAAGCUGCUUACCUAUUGCAGAUUCAGUUUUCCCAGCCUGGUGCAGGUCUACAAUUUUGUUUCUGGUGUCCUUUGACAGCUCUUUGGUCUUGGCCAUAGUGGAGUUUGGAGUGUGACUGUUUGAGGUUGUGGACAGGUGUCUUUUAUACUGAUAACAAGUUCAAACAGGUGCCAUUAAUACAGGUAACGAGUGGAGGACAGAGGAGCCUCUUAAAGAAGAAGUUACAGGUCUGUGAGAGCCAGAAAUCUUGCUUGUUUGUAGAUGACCAAAUACUUAUUUUCCACCAUAAUUUGCAAAUAAAUUCAUUAAAAAUCCUACAAUGUGAUUUUCUGGAUUCUUUUUCUCAAUUUGUCUGUCAUAGUUGACGUGUACCUAUGAUGAAAAUUACAGGCCUCUCUCAUCUUUUUAAGUGGGAGAACAUGCACAAUUGGUGGCUGACUAAAUACUUUUUUUCCCCACUGUAUGUCUAAAAGACACAUCUGGAUUAGUGCAUAUCCACAAAACUCAAAAUAUGCAUUGAAAAUGGUCUGUAUUCUCUAGAAUAUCAAAAACGUGUCAUGUAAAGAUACAGUUGAAGUUGGACGUUUACAUACACCUUAGCCAAAUACAUUUAAACUCAGUUUUUCAUAAUUCCUGACAUUUUAAUGCUAGUGAAAAUUCCCUGUCUUAGGUCAGUUAGGAUCACCACUUUAUUUUAAGAAUGUGAAAUGUCAGAAUAAUAGUAGAGAAUUAUUUAUUUCAGCUUGUAUUUCUUUAAUCACAUUCCCAGUGGGUCAGAAGUUUACAUACACUCAAUUAGUGUUUGGUAGCAUUGUCUUUAAAUUGUUUAACUUGGGUCAAAGUUUCGGGUAGCCUUCCACAAGCUUCCCACAAUAAAUUGGGUGAAUUUUGGCCCAUUCCUCUUGACAGAGCUGGUGUAACUGAGUCAGGUUUGUAGGCCUCCUUGCUCGCAAACGCUUUUUCAGUUCUGCCCACACAUUUUCUAUAGGAUUGAUGUUCAUUAUGGCCAAACAGUUCUAUUUUUGUUUCAUCAGACCAGAGGACAUUUCUCAUAAAAGUACGAUCUUUGUCCCCUUGUGCAGUUGCAAACCGUAGUCUGGCUUUUUUAUGGCGGUUUUGGAGCAGUGGCUUCUUCCUUGCUGAGUGGCCUUUCAGGUUAUUUCUAUAUAGGACUCGUUUUUCUGUGGAUAUAGAUACUUUUGUACCUGUUUCCUCCAGCAUCUUCACAAGGUCCUUUGCUGUUGUUCUGGGAUUGAUUUGCACUUUUCGCACCAAAGUACGUUCAUCUCUAGGAGACAGAACGCGCCUCCUUCCUGAGCGGUAUGACGGUUGCGUGGUCCCAUGGUGUUUAUACUUGCGUACUAUUGUUUGUACAGAUGAACGUGGUACCUUCAGGUGUUUGGAAAUUGCUCCGGAUGAACCAGACUUGUGGAGGUCCCAAAAAACAAAAUCGGAGGUCUUGGCUGAUUUCUUUUGAUUUUCCCAUGAUGUCAAGCAAAGAGGCACUGAGUUUGAAGAUAGGCCUUGAAAUACAUCCACAGGUACACCUCCAAUUGACUCAAAAGAUGUCAAUUAGCCUAUCAGAAGCUUCUAAAGCCAUGACAUCAUUUUCUGGAAUUUUCCAAGCUGUUUAAAGGCACAGUCAACUUAGUGUAUGUAAACUUCUGACCCACUGGAAUUGUGAUACAGUGAAUUAUAAGUGAAAUAAUCUGUCUGUAAUUAAUUGUUGUAAAAAUUACUUGUCAUGCACAAAGUAGAUGUCCUAACCGACUUGCCAAAACUAUAGUUUGUUAACAUGAAAUUUGUGGAGUGAUUGAAAAACGAGUUUUAAUGACUCCAACCUAAAUGUAUGUAAACUUCCGACUUCAACUGUAUUCCCUGAAAUGGACCCUUUUCGCCCAGUGUUUACUUCCCUCCAGGCCUGAGGGCACACACUUUAUUGUAGGCUUAGAAUGAAUGGCAAAUUGGAGUGGCAAUAUAGUCCGCUACCAUCCUCAGUAAUUUUCCAUCCAGGUGAGAAGAAGGAAGUGCCAGUGUAACAAACAGAAGGAGGAAAGGGGAGAGAAAACAUUGACCAAGUAGUUGAGUGCCUUUGGAGAGCUGUCUAAAUAGAUACUUUGUUUCCAGCCUGUUGCUGACCAUAACGAGAGAAAUAACAAUGGUUGUCCCAUCAGCUCUCUCCCUCCACCUUCUUUCCUUUCCUUUCCUUUCCUUUCCUUUUCUUUUUUUCUUCACUGAAAAUGUAAUAUACAAUAUAUGGCCAAGCUGUACUAGAAUGUGAUUCACAGACUUGAAUCAGGCACUGCCACUGCUUAUAGUGAUUCACAGUCAUUCUGCCUCAUGCUUUCAUAUACAUUUAAUUUCCUUCCUCUCACCAGAAAAUAUCUAAUUUUCACAUGAAACGCCCAUAUUGUUAUUGCUCUUGAUGGUAAAUUAAGAAUUGUAAGAUGUAAGGGUGAAUUUACACGUGCCUUGCAUUCGUGAUAAGUCUAAUUCAGACAUUACAGGAAGCAGUCGUUUUAGAAGGUAUAUUUAGACCCACCAUCAAUUUUAGAAAGGCCUCUGAAGUGCUUUGCUGUAAUUGUGAUCGACAGCUGUGGUGUCACAUGAAGGAAGUAGAGGGUGAAACGUUUAAUUGAAAACGUGACCUCCUGUCACCAUAGCAGGGCAUUUAGGCAUAGCAACAGAACAGUUCAAAUGAAUGUACGCUGAAAAUAGUUCAAUUUGUGUAUAUUUAGAACUGCAUUGCCUCUAUGUUGGUUAUACAUAGUAACUCCAUCUUUCUUUGAACAAUUUCAUGCAGUCAGAUUGGAGACAUUAUUAUUUAAAUAGAUACUUUUUUCCCCCCUUCCCCAUCCGGGCUCGAGACCACAUGCCACUUCUCUAUUUCAAAGCAUGUCAAUCUCUGUCAACUGAAAUUCACUGGCAACAAAGAGAAUGAGAGAUUUCACUUCAUAACUGAGACGAGAGAAUAUGCUUAAUUUCAAGGCUGGUUAUUAUUUUUGGUGUUACCAUAUGAUAUGCUUUUACAUUUACGUCAUUUAGCAGACGCUCUUAUCCAGAGCGACUUACAGUUAGUGAGUGCAUACAUUUUCAUACAUUUAGGUGGCAAGGUGCAGUAUUUAGCUUUUUUUUGGUGUUAUUUCUUACAUUAUUUGCUCAGAAUGUUUCAAGUAUUAUGUCCUUCAACCAAAAAUAACUUUUGGACAUUAAAUUGGCGGUCAGUCAUGAGAAAUCCGAACAGAAAUUUGACUUCCCUGAUAUGGAUCCUUUGUUUGGACUUCCCGAGGCAGCUCCAUUCAUCCUGGGCACUACACCAAAAUGUUGACGCCGGAGAAAAGGGAGGAGAAGUGGGGUUCUAGUCAGGCGGCGAGCAAACCAUCCACCGCUUCCAAGUAUAUUACUCUCUAACGUUCAGUCCCUGGACAAUAAAGUAGACAAGCUCAAGGCGAAGAUCUCCUUUCAUUGAGACAUAAGGGACUGUAGCAUACUCUGUUUUUUACGGAAUCAUGGCUCUCAAUGGAUAUAUUGUCCCCGUCCUUACAGCCAGCAGGGUUCUCCAUACAUCCCACGGACAGGAAGAAAGAAUUCUCUGUGAAAAAGAUUAAUUUUCUUAAAUUAUUCACUGCCCUGUAUAUUCCCCCCCCCCCCCCCCCAAGCCGACACCGCGACGGCUCUCAGAGAACUACACCGGACUUCAAUGUCAGUAAGACAAAGGAGCUGAUUGUGGACUAAAGGAAACGGAGCGGCGAGCAUGCCCCCUUCCACAUCGAUGGGGCUGUAGUGGAGCGGGUCAAGAGCUCCAAGUUCCACGGUGUCCACAUCAUUAAGGAAUUAACAUGGCCCACACACACCCACAUAGUUGUGAAGAGGGCACGACAGUGCCUCAUCCCCCUAACGAGGCUGAAAAGAUUUGGCAUGGGCCCUCAGAUCCUCAAAAAGUUACACAGCUGCACCAUUGAGAGCAUCUUGACUGGCUGCAUCACCGCUUGGUAAUGGCGCCGACGGAGAUGGCGGCCUCGCAACUAGCUCUUAGGAAACUUUGCGGUAUUUGUAUUUUUUUGUAUUAUUUUUUACAUUAUUAGCUCAGGAAAGGGUCUACAGACAAUCACGGACUACAAAAGGAAAACCAGCCAUGUUGCCGAGACCGACGUCUUGCUUCCGGACAAACUAAACACCUUCUUCGCCCGCUUUGAGGAUAACACAGUACCACCGACACGGCCCGCUACCAAGGAAUGUGGGCUCUCCUUCUCCGUGGCCGACAUGAGUAAAACAUUUAAACGUGUUAACACUCGCAAGGCUGCCGGCCCAGACGGCAUCCCUAGCCGCGUCCUCAGAGCAUGCACAGACCAGCUGGCAGGUGUGUUUACGGACAUAUUCAAUCUCUCCCUAUCCCAGUCUGCUGUCACCACAUGCUUCAAGAUGGCCACCAUUGUUCCUGUACCCAAGAAAGCAAACGUAACUGAAUUAAAUGACUAUCGCCCCGUAGCACUCACCUCUGUCAUCAUGAAGUGCUUUGAGAGACUAGUCAAGGAUCAUAUCACCUCUACCAUACCUGCCACCCUAAACCCACUUCAAUUUGCUUACCGCCCCAAUCGAUCCACAGACAAUGCUAUCGCCAUCACUCUGCACACUACCCUAUCCCAUCUGGACAAGAGGAAUACCUAUGUAAGAAUGCUGUUCAUUGACUAUAGCUCAGCCUUCAACACCAUAGUACCCUCCAAGCUCAUCAUUAAGCUUGAGGCCCUGGGUCUGAACCCCGCCCUGUGCAACUGGGUCCUGGACUUCCUGACGGGCCGCCCCCAGGUGGUGAAGGUAGGAAACAACACCUCCACUUCACUGAUCCUCAACGCUGGGGCCCAACAAGGGUGCGUGCUCAGCCCACUCCUGUACUCCCUGUUCACCCAUGACUGCGUGGCCAAGCACGCCUCCAACUCAAUCAUCAAGUUUGCAGAUGACACAACAGUAGUAAGCUUGAUUACCAACAAUGACGAGACAGCCUACAGGGAGGAGGUGAGGGCUCUGGGAGUGUGGUGCCAGGAAAAUAACCUCUCACUCAACGUCAACAAAACAAAGGAGAUGAUCGUGGACUUCAGGGACUGCAGUGGAGAAGGUGAAAAGCUUCAAGUUCCUUGGCGUACACGUCACUGACAAACUGAAAUGGACCACCCACACAAACAGUGUGGUGAAGAAGGCGCAACAGAGCCUCUUCAACCUCAGGAGGCUAAAGAAAUAAAGCAUUUCGCUACACCCGCAAUAACAUCUGCUAAACACGUGUAUGUGACCAAUAACAUUUGAUAUGAUUUGAUUUUGUUUUGGUACGGCAACUGCAAGGCAAGGCGUUACGGAGGGUGGUGAGUACAGCCCAGUGCUUCCUGUUUAAGUUUUUGCUCAUAGGCGGGGAGGUAGGGGCCGAGCUCCCUACCAUCCAGAACCUCUAUACCAGGUGCAGAGGAAGGCACUGACUCUAUGCACACACACUGGACUCUACCCACACACUCACACAUACUUACACUGACACCGAAACACACACACUACAUACUGACACCACACACACACUUUCACACUCACCACAUACGCUGCCGCUACUGUCUAUUAUCUAUCCUGUUGCCUAGUCACUUUACUCCUACGUAUAUGUACAUAGCUACCUCAAUUACCUCGUACCCUUGCACAUCAAUUCGGUACUGCUACUCCCUGUAUAUAUCCAUGUUAUUUUUACUCGUUAUUGUUAUUUGUUAUUCCUUGUGUCACUAUUACAUGUAUUUUUUAAAAUAUUAUCUUUAUCUUUAACUCUGCAUUGUUGGAAAAGGACCCGUAAGUAAGCAUUUCACUAUUAGUCUACACCUGUUGUUUACGAAACAUGUGACAAAUACAAUUUGAUUUGAUUGAGUUGACUUUGUGCAAACUGGAAACCGCAUAUCCUGAGGCCACAUUUAUUGUAGUUGGGGUCUUUAAUAAAGGAAAUCUGAGAAAAAUGCUCCCGAAAUUCUACCAACAUGCUGGACCAUGUUACUCUCACUUCUGGGACAGCUACAAGGCCCUCCCCUGCCCCCCCUUUGGCAAAUCAAAGCACUCCUCCAUCCUGCUCCUCCCCGCCUAUAAGCAGAAACUUAAACAGGAAGCACCCGUGGUAAGGUCUGUUCUACAUUAGUCUGAACAAUCGGAAUCUAUGCUUCAGGAUUGUUUUGAUCACGAGGACUGGAAAAUGUUCCGGGUCGCCUCUGGGAAAAGUAUCAACGUAUACACUGACUCGGUGACUGGGUUCAUCAAGAAGUGCAUAGAAUAUAUUAUUCCUACUGUGACGAUUGGAACUUAUCCAAACCAAACACCAUAUAUAGAUGGUAGCUUUCGGCAAAACUGAAAGCGCGAACCACCGCAUUUAACCAUGGCAAGGUGACUGGGAACAUGGACGUGUACAAACAGACCAGCUAUGUCCUCCGUAAGGCAAUCAAAGAUGCAAAACAACAGUACAGCUGGCUGGAGUGUUUACAGACACAUUCAAUCUCUUCCUAUCCCAGUAUGUUGUCCCCACUUGCUUCAAGAUGUCCACCAUUGUUCCUGUACCCAAGAAAGCAAAGGUAACUGAACUAAAUGACUAUCGCCCUGUAGCACUCACUUCUGUCAUCUUGAAGUGCUUUGAGAGGCUAGUUAAGGACCAUAUCACCUCCUCCUUAUCCGACACCCUAGACCCACUGCAAUUUCCAUACCGCCCCAACAGAUCCACGGACGACACAAUCGCCAUUGCACUGCACACUGCCCUCCAAGCUCAUCACUAAGCUCAGGGCCCUGGGUCUGAACCCCUCCCUUUGCAACUGGGUCCUAGACUUCGUGACGAGACGACCCCAGGUGGUGAAGGUAGGCAGCAACACCGUCAUGCUGAUCCUCAACACGGGGGCCCCACAGGGGUGCGUAUUCAGCUCCCUCCUGUACUUCCUGUUCACCCAUGACUGCAUGGAUACGCACGUCUCCAACUCAAUCAUCAAGUUUGCUCACGACACAACAGUGGUAGACCUGUUUACCAACAUAGCCCUGGCGGAGUGGUGCUAGGGAAAUAACAUCUCCCUCAACGUCAACAAAAUGAAAGAGCUGAUCGUGGACUACAGGAGACAGCAGAGAAAGCACGCCCCCAUCCACAUUGAUGGGGCCGCAGUGGAGAGGGUCUCUGUGUGCACAUCACCGAGGACCUGAAAUAGUCCUUCCACACAGACACUGUGGUGAAGAAGGCGCCACAGAGCCUCUUCAAACUCAAGAGGCUGAAGAAACUCUGCAUUAACUUCUACAGAUGCAUCAUCGAGAGCAUUCUGUCAGGCUGUAUCACCGCCUGGAACGGCAACUGCACCGCCUGCAACCUCAGAGCUCUCCUGAGGGUAGUGCGGUCAGCCCAACGCAUCACCGGGGGCACACUGCCUGCCCUACAGGACAUCUACAGCACCAGGUGUCACAGAAAGCCCAAGAAGAUCAUCGAGGACCUCAACCCCCCGAGCCACGGCCUGUUCACCCUGCUACCAUGUAACCGGCGGAGACAGUACAGGUGCAUCAAAGCUGGGACAGAGAGAAGGAAAAACAUCUUCUAUCUCCAGGCCAUUAGACUGUUAAACAGUCAUCACUAGCCGGCCUCCGCCCAGUACCCUGCCCUGCACCUUAGAGACUGCUGCCCUAUGUACAGAGUCAUUGAACACUGGUCACUUUAAUAAUGUUUACAUUAUGUUAAUUGUUCUGAAAUCGUUUCUGUAGUUAGGAACAUAUAAGAGUUGCAUUCCUGCAUCAUUAUUCUGUUGAAAUUUUAUUGAUGUCUGAAAAAUAACUAAUUGAUUACUUACUUUAUAUGUACAUACUGUAUUCUCAACAUGGCUAAUCUUACUGUAUAUAACUACUGCUGUACAUACCUUUUUCCUACAUUGUGGCACAAAUUCCAUUCAAGUCAUGGGACCGAUAUUAGAAUUUUUCGCACAUCAUGUUCAAAUCAUCUAUACAGUGCAUUCGGAAAGUAUUCAGACCCCUUGACUUUUUCCACAUUUUGUUACGUUACAGCCUUUUUCUAAAAUUGAUUAAAUUAUUAUUUUUCCUCAUCAAACUACACACAAUACCCCAUAAUGACAAAGCGAAAACAGGUUUUUAGACUUUUUUGCAAAAGUAUUAAAAUAAAAAAUAGAAAUACCUUAUUUACAUAAGUAUUCAAACCCUUUGCUAUGAGACUCGAAAUUGAGCUCAGGUGCAUCCUGUUUCCAUUGAUCAUCCUUGAGAUGUUUCUACAACUUGAUUGGAGGCCACCUGUGGUAAAUUCAAUUGAUUGGACAUGAUUUGGAAAGGCACACACCUGUCUAUAUAAGGUCCCACAGUUGACAGUGCAUGUCAGAGCAAAAACCAAGCCAUGAGGUCGAAGGAAUUGUCCGUAGAGCUCAGAGACAGGAUUGUGUCAAGGCACAGAUCUGGGGAAGGGUACCAAAAACUUUCUGCAGCAUUGAAGGUCCCCAAGAACACAGUGGCCUCCAUCAUUCUUAAAUGGAAGAAGUUUGGAACCACCAAGACUCUUCCUAGAGCUGGCCGCCCGGCCAAACUGAGCAAUCGGUGGAGAAGGGCCUUGGUCAAUGAUGUGACCGAGAACCCGAUGGUCACUCUGAGGAAACCUGGAGGAAACCUGGCACCAUCCCUACGGUGUAGCAUGGUCGUGGCAGCAUCAUGCUGGGAGACUAGUCAGGAUCGAGGGAAAGAUGAACAGAGCAAAGCACAGAGAGAUCCUUCAUUAAAACCUGCUCCAGAGCGCUCAGGACCUCAGACUGGGGCAAAGGUUAACCUUCCAACAGGACAACAACCCUAAGCACACAGCCAAGACAACACAGGAGUGGCUUUGGGACAAGCCUCUGAAUGUCCUUGAGUGGCUCAGCUAGAGCCCGGACUUGAACCCGACCGAACAUCUCUGGAGAGACCUGACAAUAGCUGUGCAGCGACACUCCCUGUCCAACCUGACAGAGCUUGAGAGGAUCUGCAGAGAAAAAUGGGAGAAACUCCCCAAAUACAGGUGUGCCAGGCUUGUAGCGUCAUACCCAAGAAGACUCAAGGCUGUAAUCGCUGCCAAAGGUGCUUCAACAAAGUACUGAGUAAAGGGUCUGAAUAGAUAUGUAAAUGUGAGAUUUAAUUUUGUUAUUUGUAAUACAUUUGCUAAAAUGUCUAAAAACCUGUUUUUGCUUCGUCAUUAUGGGGUACUGUGUGUAAAUUGAUGAUGGGGAAAAAAACAAUUGAAUCAAUUUUACAAUAAAGCUGUAACGUAACAAAAUAUUGAAAAAGUCAAGGGGUCUGAAUACUUUCCGACUGCACUGUAAGUAACUUUGUUGAGCUUCACAAUCAAUUUUAGAUACUUUUGGAUGAUUUGGACAUGAUGUGCGAAAAAAUUAUAAUAUCGGUACCAGGACUUGGAUGGGAUCUUUGCCAGAAAUGCUAAAACGUUAGCAUUUGGAAACAGUGCCAGGGAAACUAAACCAAAAUCGUGGAUUGCUGUCAAACCUUCUCCAUAGACUGCUUACAGUGUAAGGAAACCAAUAUGUAAUUUUGUAAUUUGGGUGAACUAUCCCUGAUAAGGGCCUAAUAUCCACAACAUUUGAUCAAUGGUUAAUCUGCUGGAGAAAUUAUAUUAAAGGGGUGAGUGCUCAUUAGCCAAUAGAUCUUAAUCCUAUUACUGCUGUGGCAGAGGGAGAGGACAAGAGGAGAGGAAGGGAAAGGAGAGGAGAAGAGAAGAGAGGAGAGGAAAGGAGAAGGGAGGGGAGGAGGAGAGUAGAGGAGAAGAGCGGAGAGGAAAGGAGAAGGGAGGGGAAGAGGAGAGUAGAGGAGAAGAGCGGAGAGUAGAGGAGAAGAUGAUGGGGAGAGGAGACCUGGGCCCUCCAGGGGAUCCUGCUGUGCUCUGUUCUGUCUGACUCUGGGGGAAUUGAAUGGGAAGGUCACUGAUAGUACUGGGCAAUUUUCAUAAUGAGGGACUCUGAUAAUGCAUCACACGCACACAAUCAUCAAAAAUCCAUCUGUGCCUACACAGACACAUUUAAUCACUCUGCAACCUGGACCCUCACAUUUAGCCCCAAUCCCGUAAUCACUAGCUAAGUUUCUCUCAUCUGGCCAAGCCAGUCUAAUUAAAUACAAGUUGAAAUAUUAGGGCAUCUUCUUAUUCUGUAUUCACAUAAAUCCAGUUGUUUCAGAUGUUUAAUUUACUUGCACCUCGUUCCUUUGUAUGAAAUGGAUGGUCACGUUGUUGUUUGUCUAAAUAAAUUGUCACGGUCAAUGUAGAAAAUGCCUGUCAGACAAGAAUGAAGCUAAGUUCGAUAUGCUGUUCUAGUGACAUAAUUCGGAACAAAAACGUAGAGAGAUAGAGGUCUUCACUGUUCUUUCUCUCUCUCUCUCUCUCCUGACAGACAUUGAUGAGUGUUUUGAUGGUUUUGUGGAGUGUGAUGACAAAGCCAUCUGUGUCAACCUGCCCGGGUGGUACCACUGCGAGUGUCGUGAUGGCUACCACGACAACGGCUUGUUCUCUACUAAUGGGGAGUCGUGCAUAGGUGAGUUGACCCGCUCUUUUCAUCACAAGACCAAAAGAAACACUGCGGUUGUAGGCAAUCUUCAUUCACCUAGUCACAUAUGAUAAUUCCUAUUGAUAUUUACAGUCAUUUAGCAGACGCUCUUAUCCAGAGCGACUUACAGGAGCAAUUAGGGUUAAGUGCCUUGCUCAAGGGCACAUCAACAGAUUUUUCACCUAGUCAGCUCGGGAUUAGAACCAGCAACCUUUCGGUUACUGGCACUACGCUCUUAACCACUAAGCUACCUGCCGCCCCGGCACAUCUAUCACAUGCAUAGAGUAUACCUGCACACUAGUUUGUUUUUCCAUAAUUCUAGUCUAGUGUAUUCUAACAUUGAUCAUAGCAGCACAUCUAACCAUUGCAGAGCUAGAGAUUUCCUUGGCCUUCUUUUGACCAGUUGUUUUUGCUGUCGGUGUGGGUAAUAGUAUGUUUGGACUGGACAUACCGUUACUGGUGCAUUUUCCUCCAAAUUCCUGUCUGCUUUUUACUGCUCAUUCAAUCUUUCUGGAACAUUCUCUAAAGCUGCCUGCCAAGAGCUUGUCACAUGUCAAAAUGGAAGGAAACCCUGAAGUAUUACGUGUCAGUAGUGACAGUACUGCAGCUCUGUGUGUCUGUCUGUCUGCUCUAUAGCCACAUUUUACCUGUCAAGUCUAGCCAAUCCACACAGACCGACACAGAGCACAUCAGAGACUCUCAGUGAGGUGAACAUACUGUGAAGAACAAAGACAACUGCAGUUGUAAUUUGACGAAAAAUGGUUUCUGGGGGGACAAAAUUACAGUGUUGUUAUAAAAAAAAGCCCACUUUAGCUGUUAGAAUAUAAUAAAUGUGCUUCCUUUGUCUUUUUUAAAGCAGUUAGAUGCAUGUGAAUUUAUGCAUAAACUACAGUAUUUGACCUGUGUUGAGCAUAUGCCUGAAGUCAUCUCUCUGGCUCCCUACAGAUAUCAAUGAAUGCAAGACAGGGAGGAACACCUGUGCCAAUGACACGGUGUGCUUCAACUUGGAGGGGGGCUACGACUGCAGGUGCCCCCAUGGGAGGAACUGCACCGGAGACUGUAUCCAUGACAACAAAAUCAAACACAGUCGACAGAUCUGGGUGCUGGACAAUGAUAGGUGCUCAGUCUGCUCUUGUCAGGUGAGACAGAGGAUGAUGGGUAAAAAAAAAAAGGUCAGGUCAGGGGCGUUCUAUUGGUUGUAAAGCAUUAUGAUGACUUUAUUAAUUCAGUUAGUUAUAUGAUUAAUACAGGUCUGAAGAAUUUAGAUGCGUCUAGAACCAGUUAUUUGGAAAACUUGGUUUUUAAUUAAGCAAAAAAACUAUAAUUUAUCUAAUGAUUAUUAGGCUACAGUCUUGUCAUGUUUAGUCAUUUAGCGUUUACUUUUGGAUAAUGUCUGGUGUCUGGGAAUGCUAGCAGGUGAUUAUAGAGGAUUAGUAUGUGUAUUGAACAAUCAAGCAUCAUAUUAUUCAUUUGAUUAUAGAGGAGGAGGGCAGAAAUGAAACUUUAAUGAAAUUAGUCAUUUUAAUUGAUUGGAGAAAUUGAGAACCUGCCUGUCAGAAUUAGCAGUAUUGAACGGCUGAGCGAACAGAGAAAGGUGUAAACAUGUUAUUGUUUUGGAAUGUUCACGGUCAGCUAGUAGAGAGCAAUGGUAAUGUUGAGUGUGUGUAAUCAACCAAUAAAAAAGGUCAACAACUAGCAAAUAUUGAGUUUGGGUUAUAGAGACUGUACUUUACAAUAGUAGUUCAAAUCAAAUUGUAUUUGUCACAUGCGCUGAAUACAACAGGUGUAGUAGACCUUACCAUGAAAUGCAUACUUACGAGCCCUUAACCAACAAUGCAGAGUUUUUCAAAAGUAAGUAAGUUAGACUGUACCUUACAAUAUAGUAGCUACAAACUAUACUUUGUAGUUUGAGACUUCAAAACAUGUUUGAGUUGAGUGUUAUUGUCAGUUGAUUGACAGACAGUGUAUCGCCCCCCUCCCCUCUGCGCAGACUGGCCAGGUGAUGUGCAGGAGGAUGGUAUGUGACUGUGAGAACCCCACAGCUGACCUGUUCUGCUGUCCAGAGUGUGACCCUCGCCUCAGCAGCCAGUGUCUGCACCAGAACGGCCUGCUGACCUAUGGCAGUGGAGACACCUGGGUGGAGAACUGCCAGCAGUGCCAGUGUCUGGUUAGUACCAAUAAUACACACCCUAUAAAUAGAUAGGACACACUGUACUGGACUCUGCAUUAAAUCAAAUGAAAUUGUAUUUAUCAAGUGCGCUGAAUACAACUGGUGUAGACUUUACUGUGAAAUGCUUGCUUACAAACCUUUCCCAACGAUGCAGUUUAAAAGAUAAUAAUAAUAAAUAGUAUCUAACACAAGAGGAAUAAAAUAAAAUACACAAGAAUGGAGCUAUAUACAGGGAAUACCAGUACUUUAGUGAUUAAUGUACGGGAGAUACUGUGUGUGUGUGUGUGUGUGUGUGUGUGUAUGCAGGUCUCUAUGUCCACAAGUCUCUAUGUCCUGGCAAUAUAUAAAACUGAAUUAUGACAUGUCAAGAGCGUUCUCUAUUGAAUUUACUCAAAGAAAUAUGCACUGUUUGCAUUGACUCUCUCCACUGUCGACCUUUUCCAAGGCUCCCUCAUCCCUGCUGUUCAAACAACAGGAAGGCUUUUUUACGAGGAUUUCACACUAAAUCUGACAGAACAUCACAUCCUACCGCCUUCAAUAAGCCUUUCAGACGCCCUUCACCACCAGCCAUAUGUUUAUUAAAUGCAAAUGUCACACUUGGCAUUCUCCCUGGCCAAUCCACUCCUGGAAAAAAGUAACACUUAGCUGCAUUUGCGUCAAUCUGCCUUUGCGUCGACCCAUAAAUCAUCUUUAGCAUUGUCGUUCUGCCAGCUCUCUCCCGACCGCCCGUUCCCUCGGAGGAGUGGCAUUACCGUUGGUUAUUUUUUCCCUCCAAACAGAAUGUUGUAGACACACAUACAGCCAUCCCACCUCUCUCCUUCUGUGAUUAGCAAAUGAAUACAGAGACACCAAGUAAAAUCCAUGGCUGUUGUACUAGACAGCAUAAUGUUGUUUCCUUCCCCCACUGUGAUGCUGUCCUUAAGGGUUAGACCUUAAGGGCCUUGGGUGGAUUACUUACAGCAGGCCAUUAUAGGGCUGUGAAAUCACUGUGUUGGAGAUGCAGGGUGCUGAAAUGGGCUUUCUGUUGAAUCUCUUUCUCUCUCUCUGAGGCAGGCACUCAGGUAUGCAUGCACACAAACACACACAUACAUCAUGUUGCACACACAAACACAGCCACCAGCCAAAAUGGUAUAAACUGCAGCACUUGAAAGAGCGGAGUGGAGGAGAAUGGUGCGGAGAUAUACACGUGGGAUCUAGUAGCGUGACCGGGACAUGAAAUUAACCUUGAAUGCCUACACAGCAGAGUCUGAACCAUACUGGCCCCGCUCUGCUCAGCAGGGAAAUGGACACGCAAAUCUCUAAGACAAAGAUACAAAUCCCCUUUUAAAUUACAUGUAUUUUUGCACUCAUUUGAAUGACAUAAUAUGGCUCUUUGACAUAUGUAUCUCUGACUUGCUACUAUAGGUAUAGGACGCUAUGGGUAUAGGAUAUUGUUUUAGCCUUAGAUCUAGAGGAAUGAAAUAUGGUUGUUGUUGGCCACGCUGUUGUCUAGCCAAGGCAAAUCUCUGGCAAGACUCUGGGGUCUUUCAGAACAGGUGUAUAUACAGUGGGGGAAAAAAGUAUUUAGUCAGCCACCAAUUGUGCAAGUUCUCCCACUUUAAAAUAUGAGAGAGGCCUGUAAUUUUCAUCAUAGGUACACGUCAACUAUGACAGACAAAUUGAGAAAAAAAAAUCCAGAAAAUCACAUUGUAGGAUUUUUAAUGAAUUUAUUUGCAAAUUAUGGUGGAAAAUAAGUAUUUGGUCACCUACAAACAAGCAAGAUUUCUGGCUCUCACAGACCUGUAACUUCUUCUUUAAGAGGCUCCUCUGUCCUCCACUCGUUACCUGUAUUAAUGGCACCUGUUUGAACUUGUUAUCAGUAUAAAAGACACCUGUCCACAACCUCAAACAGUCACACUCCAAACUCCACUAUGGCCAAGACCAAAGAGCUGUCAAAGGACACCAGAAACAAAAUUGUAGACCUGCACCAGGCUGGGAAGACUGAAUCUGCAAUAGGUAAGCAGCUUGGUUUGAAGAAAUCAACUGUGGGAGCAAUUAUUAGGAAAUGGAAGACAUACAAGACCACUGAUAAUCUCCCUUGAUCUGGGGCUCCACGCAAGAUCUCACCCCGUGGGGUCAAAAUAAUCACAAGAACGGUGAGCAAAAAUCCCAGAACCACACGGGGGGACCUAGUGAAUGACCUGCAGAGAGCUGGGACCAAAGUAACAAAGCCUACCAUCAGUAACACACUACGCCGCCAGGGACUCAAAUCCUGCAGUGCAAGAUGUGUCCCCCUGCUUAAGCCAGUACAUGUCCAGGCCCGUCUGAAGUUUGCUAGAGUGCAUUUGGAUGAUCCAGAAGAGGAUUGGGAGAAUGUCAUAUGGUCAGAUGAAACCAAAAUAUAACUUUUUGGUAAAAACUCAACUCGUCGUGUUUGGAGGACAAAGAAUGCUGAGUUGCAUCCAAAGAACACCAUACCUACUGUGAAGCAUGGGGGUGGAAACAUCAUGCUUUGGGGCUGUUUUUCUGCAAAGGGACCAGGACGACAGAUCCGUGUAAAGGAAAGAAUGAAUGGGGCCAUGUAUCGUGAGAUUUUGAGUGAAAACCUCCUUCCAUCAACAAGGGCAUUGAAGAUGAAACGUGGCUGGGUCUUUCAGCAUGACAAUGAUCCCAAACACACCGCCCGGGCAACAAAGGAGUGGCUUCGUAAGAAGCAUUUCAAGGUCCUGGAGUGGCCUAGCCAGUCUCCAGAUCUCAACCCCAUAGAAAAUCUUUGGAGGGAGUUGAAAGUCCGUGUUGCCCAGCGACAGCCCCAAAACAUCACUGCUCUAGAGGAGAUCUGCAUGGAGGAAUGGGCCAAAAUACCAGCAACAGUGUGUGAAAACCUUGUGAAGACUUACAGAAAACGUUUGACCUGUGUCAUUGCCAACAAAGGGUAUAUAACAAAGUAUUGAGAAACUUUUGUUAUUGACCAAAUACUUAUUUUCCACCAUAAUUUGCAAAUAAAUUCAUUAAAAAUCCUACAAUGUGAUUUUCUGGAUUUUUUUACUCAUUUUGUCUGUCAUAGUUGACGUGUACCUAUGAUGAAAAUUACAGGCCUCUCUCAUCUUUUUAAGUGGGAGAACUUGCACAAUUGGUGGCUGACUAAAUACUUUUUUUUCCCCACUGUAUACUGAGAUCAUGUGACACUUAGAUUCCACACAGGUGGACUUUAUUUAACUAAAGGUAAUUGGUUGCACCAGAUCUUAUUUAGGGGCUUCAUAGCAAAGGGGGUGAAUACAUAUGCAUGCAUCACUUUUCCGUUAUUUAUUUUUAACUAUUUUUGAAAUGUUCUUUUUUUAAAUUUCACUUCACCAAUUUGGACUAUUUUGUGUAUGUCCAUUACAUGAAAUCCAAAUAAAAAUCCAUUUAAAUUACAGGAUGUAAUGCAACAAAAUAGGAAAAACGCCAAGGGGGAUGAAUACUUUUUCAAGGCACUGUAGGUCAUGCAGAAUCAUAGCUUAACCAGGAUCUAUAAAGUUCGCCAGAAUAUAUGACCUGUAUUCACUGGCUUAUUGAAACGACUGCUUGAGAAAUCCAAUAAGGCUUUCUCUGCUGCAACUGUGUAGUGAUUAUUAUGAGCGGGAGAAUGAACGGGUGACCAAAACAACUCCAUUAGGAAAUCCAGAAUAUUUAGCCCAGUGUCUGAAAAUGUAUUUCCUCUCAUACUGCUACUCCUAUGCAAUGACAUAGCCCCAUCUAUGAUGUAUCAGGACAAAAUGUCUAUGUUUACAUGAUACUUUUUUGACUGCAUCAGGGUGGUAUAGAAGUAUACUGAAACAUUUGGCAAAGGACAGGAUCUAUUCAAUACAAUUGUAGGGGUGAUGGACUGUACGUAUCAGUGGAGGCUGCUGAGGGGAGGACGACUCUCAAUAAUGGCUGGAAUGGAGUCAAUGGUGUUUGAUACCAUUCCAUUGGCUCCGUUCCAGACAUUAUUAUGAGCCGUCCUCCCCUCAGCAGCCUCCACUGGUAUGUAAUAAGACUCCAGUCUGUCUGUCUGUCUUUCUGUCUCACCCUCCCACAGCAGGGGCAGGUAGACUGCUGGCCCCUGUCGUGCCCCCAUUUGGACUGUGAGUUCACGGUGGUGCCCAAGGGCGAAUGCUGUGCCCGCUGCGUCACCGACCCCUGCCAGGCUGACACCAUCCGUAACGACAUCACCAAGACGUGCAUGGACGAGCACGGCAUCCAGCGCUUCAGCGGCUCCUCCUGGGUCAAACACGGCACUGAGUGCACCCUCUGCCAGUGCAAGGUAACAGCCAUGGAUAUUCAUUAUAUCUAUGCGGACUUCAGCCAACUAUACCUCAUGUUGGCGCCAAACACUCCAUGACUAUCGAAAUUCUAAAUGUCAAACCAAGUUUGCCUUUCAGUGAGAAAAGUAGAAAACAAUAAUAGAACUUCAUUCUGCAGUAGAGAAACUUCAAAGAGAAGAACUGUAUUGUGGUUAAAGUCUGACAGUGACCCACUCUAAAUUCUCUCUCUCCUCCCCCUCUCUUUCAGAAUGGACAUAUCUGUUGCUCAGUGGACCCCAUGUGCCUUUAG